AUGAAGAUCACUUUCAAGACUGUGCAGAACAAGCUGUUCACCAUCGACGCCGACGAGUCCGAGACCGUCGGUGGGCUCAAGCUCAAGAUCCAGGAGGGCCAGUCCUUCCCCGCUGCCAACCAGAAGCUCAUCUACUCUGGCAAGAUCCUCAAGGAUGAGUCGACCGUUGGCGAACUCAAGAUCAAGGAGAAGGACUUCCUCGUCGUGAUGGUGUCCAAGCCCAAGACUCCAGUUCCGACGUCCUCCCCCGCGCCUGUCGCUGCUCCAGCUGCUGCGGCUCCCGCUGCUGUUGCUCUCGCAGAGGCCUCCCCCGCGCCUGUGGCACCUGCUGCAGAGACCGCUCCCGCUGCCGCUCAGCCGGCAACCGAAUCUAUCCCUGUGGUUGAGCCCACUGCUGCGGCAGAGCCCACCGCCUCGUCUGGUGACGUGAGCAUGGGUUCCUCCUUCCUCACUGGCGAGCACCUCCAGACCGCGACGGACAGUAUCGUCGAGAUGGGUUUCCCCCGCGACCAGGUCGUCCGCGCCCUUCGUGCCAGCUUCAACAACCCCGACCGCGCUGUUGAGUACCUGAUGAGCGGCAACAUUCCCGAGACUGAGCCGGCAGCCCCGCGUGCCCCAGCCCAGCAGGCAGCCCCCACUGCUCCUUCCCCACCGGCACCUGCUGCCUCUCCCGUUGCGCCCUCUGCUGCGCGUGCGGCUGCGUCUGCGGCCGAACCCUCCGCCGGCGGCAGCUCUGCGGACAAUCUCUUCGCCGCUGCUGAGGCUGCCAUGCACCGUGGCCGCGGUACUGGAGCUGGAGCCGGUGCUGGCGCGGGAGGCCUGGACGACGCCACGAUGAACGCUAUCGCCAACUCCCCCCAGCUCCAGCGCAUCCGCCAGGCUGUGCAGGAGAACCCAGGGCUUAUCCAGCCUUUACUCCAGCAGAUCGCCCAGCAAAAUUCCGCGCUCGCGCAGAUCAUCAACGAGAACCCCCAGGCUCUCUACGACCUUCUCGGCAUUGGUGCUGAUGAUGAUGACGUUGAAUACCAGGGGCCGCAGGUGAUGCAGGUAAACCUCACCCAGGAGGAGGCUGCCGCCGUUGAGAGGCUUGAGCAGCUCGGUUUUGACCGCCAGAUGGUGCUCCAGGCGUUCCUCCUGUGCGACAAGAACGAGGAGCUUGCAGCCAACUUCCUGUUCGAGAACGCAGAGGAGGACGAGCAGAUGCAUUGA